AUGAAGCACGCAGAUGCGACCUACCCAGCGAUGGAACCAUGCGAGUAUCUGGCGGUCCACGUGAAGCAGGUCCGCCGGAAGCCCAAAGCUAAUACCGGUGCACAAAGGCACGAUGUUGAUGACUGCCAAAGAGCCAGCCCUGCCCUGUGCUUCCGCCCAAGGAUGGGCUCUAAGCCGGAGGCCAACAAUGUUUGCUGCGAGCAUGACAGUCAGGAUGAGCGCUUCCCGGUAGUUGGGAUGUCAAGCCAACGCAGGCAUUUUGGCAAGUGGACGAAGGCAAGUCGCCUCCAAGCGCCUGUCCUUUUCGAUCGGAAAGGGCGACGGAAGAUCACAUGGCGUCUUGUCCACGCCCAGAGCCACACAUCUCGUGCAAACUAA